AGCUCCUUGUAGACGAGCGCCGCCGAGCAGUCGGAAGCAGCCAGUACCGUGACGACCAGUUCCCGAGGAAAACCGGAGAAAUCGCCUCCGCGAGGUCCCCACAUGAAUAACCCGGGAGCUGAAAAAUGGCGCCCGAUGGCCAUUUCGAACCCCUCGACCCGGUUGCGCAUGGCAAGGUCCAUGCCCCAUUGGGUAAUGGCCCAACAGCAGAAGGAAGCGGAACAUCAGCAUCAACGACGACCGCCGACCCCGCCGAAGGUGCCACCACCGUCGCUUUCCGGCGACUGUGGUGACCCCGACUACGAGAUCAUCGAAUUUCCGACCCGACCGCAAACCCAGAACCAAAAGUCCUCGACGCCGAUCGCGAACGCGAACAAGUGUGCCCUCUGCGGCACGAAAGACGUCUUCGCCCGUUGCGACACCUGCAAGGAGAACUACUGCGAGGCCUGCGACGACAUGAAUCACAAGCACCCAAAGAGGAAACACCAUGUGCGCAGGAGGAUCCUGACGGAUCUCGCGACAAAAACGCGGCCGCCGCUGCCGCCGAAAGGAGAGAACAUGUCGAACCCACCCCCGAUACCGCCGCCGAGGCGAAACCGCAAGACUCAGGCUAAAUCGACGCAAAGCCAGGGACCCACGAAUCUCUCCUUGAUCGAGAGAGUCGGCAGCUUGAAGCGAACACUACCGAGCAGGCCGCUAUCGGCAACUCUAGAUACGAAAACGGUGUCGAAAACCAUGCAGUCCGCGAAAGACGCCGCAGCCGAUGGGUCCGGACCGGGCACCGACAAAAUGUCCACGCUACAGGAGAGAUACAGGAAAUACCAGGAAGCGAUGCGUGCUCAAGAUGCGACCAGGCGGAGGCAUACUUCCGGUGACAUUUCGAGAGAUCCGGUAAAUUCGAGGCCGCUGAGUAUGGGCAGUCCAAGACCAGCGCCACCAGUGCCGCCGCCGCCUCCCCCUAGAUCAAUGAUACAGUCAGCGAGCGUUUGCGAUUUAUCGUCGCCGCAUAUGUGGAAUCCUGGAAUGCAUCAGGCCCAAUCCAUGGCUCACCUAGGCCCAGGGGGCAUGCCGAUGAUGUGGUACCCGCCGACUUGGGACAUGACCAUGGGCGGCUCUACGAUGAGCCUUAACCACCCUGCGAUGUGGGGCUACCCCAUGGGCUACCCUCCAUCCCAGAUGCUACCACCUCACUAUCCAAGCUCGCUCUCGAGGCCGCACAGUCCAGCGAGAAGCAUGAAAUCCAGCAGAAGAUCCAGGGCUGUUUCACCGUCACCGAGCAUGAAGUCCAGGAAAUCGUUGGCCUCUAGAUCGCGAUCGAGGAGAUCGCAGGGAUCGCCGUCCGAUGCGAGCUCCGAGGACUCCGGAGACUCGGACUUCGACGACCGACUGUCUCGCAGCUCCAGAGGCACGAGACGGGGCAGUAUGUCUAGGAACAGGCAGAGGAGCUACCACGAGGACGAUGGCAGGAGUCUGUUGGCGAGGAACCGUUGCGAGCGAGUGAUGUCAGAGGAAAGGGUGCUAAGCACCGAAGAAUGGUCCGAGAGCCCGAGCAAACGGCACUCGAGGAACUACGAAGACCUCCCGAAAAACACCCUAAGCUCCCGACGACGAUACGACCAAGACGAUCGCAGGGUAUCGAGGCUGGAUUCCCGGAUCGAUCGCGUCCAGAACGGCGGUUACAGAGAUCGUCGAAGACGAAGCACGGACGAGGAGUCGUCCGACAGGAGAUCCACGGUGCCGACUCGAUCCAGAGUCACCAGCUCCUCGGACGAUCACUUCGACAAGGUGGAAGCCGCGCCAAGAAGAAGGGACGACGAGCCAGUUCCGAGAAGAGCGUCCUCCGUGCGCAGGGACGUGGGAUUGGAGGAGUUCGAUAGAUCCUCCAGGCGAGAUUCUAGGCGAUCCUCCAUCGACAGCGACAUGCAAACCCCGAGGAAAGCGCCUUCGCGAGACUCGUCCUCCAGGAGGAACCAGGAAGCCGAGAGACUGGAUAGAGAAGAAGAGGAAGGCGUAUCGCGAUCGGUCACGAGAGCUCAGCGAAGUCGAGAUUCGUCGCGCGAUCGGGAGAUGCUGAGGAGAGAAACCGUGAGAAGGGAGGCGUCGUUGGAGGACACGGAGAAAUCUGUCAGGCGAAAUUCCGAAAAGGCGUCCUUCGAGUCCGACAACCAAAGGAAAACGCCAUCUCGCGAGCCUGAUCCUAGAAAGCUCCGGGAGAGCGCGGGUCGAGAGACUUCGAGGCCGAGCAGCAUGAACCAAGAAGCUGAAACUAAGCCGGUCGAGAAACGAAAGGAGGAGAGUCCUCGGAGGAAGGAGGACCAGGUGGUCAAGAGCCCGGAGAGAAGAGUCCCCGUGGAGAAAGAAGCUAAACGCGAGAACGAGAGUGCUUCGACCAAGGACGCCGCGAACGAGUCGAAGGUCGCCAUGGAGAUACCGAAAGAGGAAUGGGCCUGCGAGCAUUGCACUUUCCUGAACAACGAGAAGGACCGCGUGUGCGUGGUCUGCUGCAAGACGAAAAGCAGCGCGUUGCCGCCUAGCCCCGAAGACACCCAGGACGAGGGCCCCGUGAGCGAGCCGCCGAAAGCCGAGUCAGGGACAACGUCGAGCAUCCCGAGCGACCCUAGCCCCGACCUCGAGAAACGGGCGAGCCUGUUAAAGAUCUCGAACAGCGAAGAGAGCGGGGACAGUGGCUCGGCAAAGAACAAAGAUACCGCGAAGCUGGAAGAGCCGUCUGCGGCCGUUGCCGAGGACACGCACCCGAAAUCGCCGUCGGUAGCGAAAGACGCGUCGUCAUCAAUUCGGAACGGUACACCGGCGGCCAUUGAGAGCACGCAGGACGCUUCGGUCGGCGCCGCUGAAAUGAACGGCGAGGAGCGCGACGCGACGUCAGCAAGACGACCGAUGCUCGCGAAAAUCCCGAAAAGCCAGUCGGUUUCCACUGGAACGUCCCCGCCGCCUCAGAGCAUUUCGACUCAAACGUACGACUAUCUUCCGGCUAGAGGAAACACGGGGCUCACGAGAACAGCGUCGUGCUCGAAGGGGCUGCUCUACUACGACGACAGCGACGUGGAGGAGCCAACCAGGUUCGCGAACAGCCCGGACCUCUAUCCGCGGAGCCAGGAGCAGUUUCUUCAGCAGCUGAUCGUCGGCGCCGGCAGGGAUCGGACGCGCCGGAAUUCGAUCGACUCCAGCCAUCUCUAUUAUCGUUCCAGGGAGCCGAGCCAGUCUAGAUUCCUCGAGGCGGGCCCUAGUUCCCAAGGAGUUUCAACGUUGACGCGGCAAGGCUUAGAAAUUGUCGAACUUCUGCGAGAAGCCGAGAGGCACGGUUACUCUACCGACGACGUUCAGGUGGCUUUAUCGCAGGGCGCUAGCAACCCCAUCGACUGGCUGAAGGCGCAGUGGCCCCAUUUGGUAGAGACGGUGCAACUUCUGGCAACUACUCAGGGAAAAGAGCUGAAGGAAAACAAUAUCGGUGCGAUCACCGCCGCCGAGGCGAAGGAGGCCUUAAGAUUGGCCAAGGGCGACGUCUGGAACUCCGUCGCAGUCGCCGUACAACGUAGACAGCAAAAAUGCGAGGAAAUAAUGAAGAAAGGCAACUUCGCGACGGCGGAAGUUGUGAAAGCGCUGGAGAAUAACGCCGGUGCCGAGGACGCAGCUUUAUUCGAGCUACAAAAGAAUCAGCUCAAGCCGUUUUUGAUGAGGAUCUGGGGUCCUCCGGUUGGGGUGGAGAAUGACGAGGCUGCACCGCGGGAAGAUGCGGUCGGUGGUGGUACGGGUGUUCCCGAACAGGUUUCCAACGUGUCGGACUCAGAAGCGCGGAAGCAGGUAAUGUCACCAAUUGUUGAAAAUUUCGUGGCGUUGCAGGCCGACUUUCAAAAGCAACUGGCGGCCCUCAGACAACUGACCGAUAACUGGCAACACGAUAAAGACCCCCUGAACACACCCGGUAAUAAGCCUGAUAAUCUGUAUGAAGGUAACGCUGAUGACCGAACCGUUCUAAUCGAUAAAAAUCUGGUCCCAAGCGCCGUACAAGACCUUGAUGUAGCCGAAGCCCUAAAAACGCCGGAGAAUCGACACGCGAUCGGCCCCAACAACGAUUCAUUGCAAACGACCAUAAACGAAAUUCAUUUAUCUCCUAAUCCAAACAAUACCCUAGUUCAAAACCCAAAAGCAUCUGCUGAUAUUAUUAAUCAAAAUGAAAACGCGCAUGUCAUCGUAGAAAAGAAGGAACAAACCUCGGAAGCUACGGACAGUUUACCGAAAAACGAUCGAUAUAGAAAAGAAGUAGUUGAAGUGAUUUUAGAUCCUGAGAAAGAACCGGAGACCAAAAAUCGAAAUGAGAAAACAACCCCGGUGAAUAUAAUCGAUAAAAAGGAAAAGCAAACCUCGAAAGCAGCAGAAAGUUUACCGAAGGACAAUGAAAGGAAAGAAAAAGUAGUCGAAACGAUUUUGAAUUCUGAUAAAAAACCGAAGAUCGAAAGUCAAAAUGAGAAAACAUCCCCGGUGAAUAUUAUUGUUGAAAAGGAAAAGCAAACCUCGAAAACAACAGAAAGUUUACUAAAGAACAAUGAAAGUAAAGAAAAAGUAGUCGGAACGAUUUUGGAUUCUGAUAAAAAACCGAAGAUCGAAAGUCAAAAUGAGAAAACACCCCCGGUGAAUAUUAUUGUUGAAAAGGAAAAGCAAACCUCGAAAACAACAGAAAGUUUACUAAAGAACAAUGAAAGUAAAGAAAAAGUAGUCGGAACGAUUUUGGAUUCUGAUAAAAAACCGAAGAUCGAAAGUCAAAAUGAGAAAACACCCCCGGUGAAUAUUAUUGUUGAAAAGGAAAAGCAAACCUCGAAAACAACAGAAAGUUUACUAAAGAACAAUGAAACUAAAAAAAAAGUAGCCGAAACGAUUUUGAAUUCUGAUAAAGAACCGAAGAUCAAAAACCAAAAUGAAGAAAGAAUUUCGGUAAAUAUCAUGGAGGAACAGAAGAAACAAAUCUCAAAAACAGCAGAGAUUUUGCCGAAGGACAGCGAAAAUAAAGAAAAAAUAGUCGAAACGAUUUUGGACUCCGAUAAAGAACCGAAAAAUAGAUCCACUAAAAAUAUUGAUGAAACAGACAAUGAAAAUUUAGUGUCCGCGCAGCAUGCUUUAAUCGGCGAUUCGAAGAGCAGCGACGUUCAAAUUUCCGCGACGAAAGUAAUCAAAAUGGAAAAAAAGCAGGCUCCAAGACCGUUAGAAAAUUCACUGCAGGACUUCGAUGCUGCGAAAGUGGAACAAACGAUUCCUGAUCCUGAUAAAGGGACGAAGAAUCGAUUCGCAAAGUUGCCAAAGGAGAAACUCGAGACCGAGGACAAAAGUAAGGAAGGUGCGGUAGAAAAAACCGGAACAAACGCCGAAGCAGAUAAAGUAUCGGCGGCAGUAGAAUUAAAAGUACUACAGAAUUCGGAGGGAAAUAAAGAACAAACGAGGAGGUCAACUUCGGAAGUAGUCCAGAAGGAGAGCAAAAAAAUACUUCCGCAGGAUGUAGAAACUGAAACCGCGUCCCAAGAAACUUCAGGUCCCGGUGCAGAGGCUGCGGAAGCAAAUGCGGGAUCUCUUUUACCUGGAAACUCGAAAGUCCCUACAGAAUCGAGCUCGUUACCAGACAAUUUCCAGCAAACAGCAACCGAACGAUCGAGCACGAUAAACGAGGAAAAAUCGCAGAACGAAACAGUAAUUAACACGUUGAAAGACUCUGUCGAACCGCGAGUGGCAGAUGUUUCGGGAGCAAAAACACCUGACAACGAGGACCCACCCAACCAGCCGAGCGAAUCGCACGAAAACCAACCAUCAUCGCCGGGACAUAGCUCUUCGAGCAACGUUGGUGAAGAAACGGUGCGAAAAGGUAACGAAACGCAAGUGGCCACUGUGGAGGCAUUGAUAUCCGUGGUGAAAUCGCUGCCGGAGCAACUGCUGGGCCCGUUCAUGUCGGCGAUGCAGAUGUUAUCCCCGAAGAGAUCCGCCGUCGUCGACCGGUCGAGCGAAGCCGGUGUUGACGCGGCUGUCAAAACGUUGGUGAAAAACGGGAAAGAGGUGAAAGAGGACUCGAAGUCUGCCGAAGGCAAAAGCAAAGAGGAGAACGACGAAGACCGCGCGAGACUUCAUCCUGCGGAGAAGAUUGCCGGUGAUAGGAGAGACGCUGCGCUCGAGACAACGGAAUCUGCGACGCCCGAAACGACCGCGACGGUCAUCAAAAAGCUGCGAGAACUCGAAACGGUACGUAGAUGCGAGAAAGACGGCGACGUUGUCCGAACUAACGUGAAAGAGGGGAUAAUAACGGCACCAGAAAACUCGGAGGAAGCGAAAUUUGACGGUAACGAGGUCUCGAAGGAUCCGUUGAAUCGGGACAUGGUCGCUGCGAUAUCCCCGACCGUGGAGACAAAAGGUGCAGUAUCUGGGAACAAUGUGGCACAAGUAAGUUCGCAAAAAUGCACGAAGGAAGUCGCGGGCGACUCCAUCGACAGCGUCGAGCAGCCGGUGGUUGCCGAUCGUGUGGAAACGGAGGACUCCGAGCGAACAACAGGUGAAACUUUGGACGUCGACGCGAACAUGCUAAGCACCGAUUCACCUCAUCAACUCGAGACACGCACAGGGAACGAAGAAUCAUCUGCAAAGGAAGCGAACGGCUCUUCCGGGAAUAAUGCUAAAGACCAUCGAUCUAACAAUGCGAAUGACGAUUCAGCUAUUAAGCAUAGUUUAACGGGGCAUAACGAAGUCAUUGACGCGCUAUCAUUAUCAGACGAGACGUCAUCUUCAUUGGAACGUGACUCGGAAACAUUCGAUCGUGAUUCAUCCGACAUGCGAACGCAUAACAUCGAAGUUCAGAGCAGCGAUGAUAACCGUGUGCAAUUGAUUGGUACUGGUAAUAAAAACUCCGCGGAAAAUAUACUCAUCGCGGAAAUUGAUUGCAGUGCUAAUGAUUUAACUAAUUCCUGCGUAACACUCGCGACCUCGCUUCCCGUUAUCGAACCCCUCGUUCGCGAACCGUCUAAAGUCGACGAUCGGAUUUCGAGAAUUACUGGAAACGGAAUUUCCGAGGACGCCAGAGUUCUCGUUGAAGUUACCGAUGAACCGAAAAAUGUUGCGCGAAGUUUUGUAGAUUCCAAAGCCGUCGAAAUUUCAGAGGCUUCGAUAAUCGAUGCUCGCGAAAUUAUUGAAAAUCCGGAGAACUUUAAAGCGAAAGUUUCUAACGGAGUUAAAUGUGCUCCCGAGAUUUCUGUACAGGCCGAAGCAUCGGAGCUCGAAGUUUCGGAAAAUUUUGAAUCUGCGUCGGAGAAAAUUUCGACGGACAGUGAGAACCUUGGCGAAACAACGCCCGGAACAUUAGAUACUAAAAUUGUAGAGAAUCUCGGAACCGUUGCGAUCGAAGCUCCUUCAAACACUAAAAACGUUUUCGAAAAAAUUUCCCAAGACCCUAAAGCUCCUAUGACUGAGAAGUUCGAAAACUCCAAAUUUACCGCAGACGAGGUUUCUAAAAAUUCCGAAAAGCUUCAGACACAAGUUCCCCGACACCCUGAAAACGUCGUCGAACAAAUUCCCCCGGAUCUCGGAACCGUUGCAAACAAAGUUCCAUCGGACACUGAAAACGUUUUCGAAAAAGUUUCCCAAGACCCUAAAACUCCUAUGACUGAGAAGUUCGAAAACUCCAAAUUUACCGCAGACGAGGUUUCUAAAAAUUCCGAAAAGCUUCAGACACAAGUUCCCCGACACCCUGAAAACGUCGUCGAACAAAUUCCCCCGGAUCUCGGAACCGUUGCAAACAAAGUUCCAUCGGACACUGAAAACGUUUUCGAAAAAGUUUCCCAAGACCCUAAAACUCCUAUGACUGAGAAGUUCGAAAACUCCAAAUUUACCGCAGACGAGGUUUCUAAAAAUUCCGAAAAGCUUCAGACACAAGUUCUCCGACACCCUGAAAACGUCGUCGAACGAAUUCCCCCGGAUCUCGGAACCGUUGUGAACAAAGUUCCAUCGGACACUAAAAACGAUUUCGAAAAAGUUUCCCAAGAUUCUAAAGCUCCUAUGACUGAGAAGUUCGAAAGCUCCAAAUUUACUGCAGACGAGGUUUCCAAAAACUCCGAAAAGUCGCAAGAAACGCCCGUGAACUCUAUGCCCCCGGUCGAAAAGCUUGCAGAACUUCCCCGAGAAUCCUACGAUAGCGCAACUUCCCCAGAAGAUAGCGAAACAAUUGCAAACAACGUUGCUGAAAAAGCAGCCGAGGAUUUCGAACGCGUCGUUCAUGAAAUUCCGAUCGAUCCUGAACCCGUUCACGAAAUUUCGGAGAACUCUGACGCUGUAAUGCAAGAAGCUUCCGAAGAUUCCGCAGUCAGUAAUCAGAAAACUUAUAACGAUCCGAAGCUGGCAACCGAGGAAAUUUCGAAAGACCGGGCUGCCGUUGUUCGCGAGAUAUCCGAGAGUCCCAAAGUUUCUAACGAACCGCAAACGCUUCCCCCUGAGAUCUCCAGGUCCCCGCUGCAUGUGCGCGAAAAAGUGGAGCAGCCUAUCUCCGUUGCAUGCCACAUUCCUCAGCCCGCUGAUAAAAUCGAUACCCGUCCAAUAAUUUCCGCAAGUAAGUCGCUCGGCACCGACGGGAAACCGGGAAGAAGCGAGCGCGCCGUAUCGAUGUCCAUCGACGGAAACAAUGAGGUAACGAAAGACGAGCCAAAGAAUGAUUUAAAUAAAGCAGAGGCAGCCGAGGAUCUGGAAAAGGAUUCAAAGAACGAACAUUCUGCGGCCGUUCCGGCCGAUCGAAGCACUCCAGCGUCUCUGGAUCCCUCUUCAAUUCCAAACGAGAUCGUCGCGAAUAAAAGCCCCGAGGCACUCGCGGAUGCCGAAUCGACGAUUUUAACUAUUUCGAGUGACUCUCGUAUUAUUGGUCCGCGGCCGAACUUGCAUACUCCGGACACCGAAUCCGUCGUUAACAAGCUAAAUUCUAUGGGCGCCAACAAAAUUCCAGAAACUCUUGUCGAUCCUAAUGAUAUUGCCGAUACAUCGGCAAACAUGUUGACGUCCGCCUCGAGAACAGAAAUUACGCCGGCUGCACCGGAUUCGGUAACUUCUUUUAACAAGCUCCGGGUCGCAAAGGAUUCGAAUAACAACGGGUCGGAGCCGAUAUCAUCCGAAACGGAGGCGGCCGAGUUCGAAGACCGGAAAUUACAAGAUUCGAAGCAGACAAAGUUGAGCGUAGCUAGUUUCAAAGUGAUCGACUGCCAGCCUGAGAUCAUAGAGAUCAACAUAACCGAGUGCCCGAUGAUAGCGGUGAACGAAUGCGCGCCGAUGAUGAACUUGGAGAAGGUGUCCGAAGUUGUGCCGGCUGGGGAAUCGGUCGAGUUUACCGCGAAACCCGAGAUCGAGACGGAAGAAGCGAUCACGGAAGAAAGGUUGAAGAGCGUUGGGAACAACGAGGACGCAAACGAGAUCGAAGUCGUCGUUGAAGCGCCGAUUAAGGAGAGAUCGAAGUCUCCCGGCAAGAAGAUCUGCAGGAGGAAAUCGCCGGUGAAGGUGUUGAGGAAAUCGACCGGCAUACCGAGGCGGAAUUUCGGCAGGGUGAACCCGAAGGGGGCCGGGUCGAAGGGCGCCGCGCGUGCGAAAGAAACGGCGGCGGAAAUAACUCGCAAAUCGAUCCCGGCGAAUCAAAGAGCAGGGAAAAGGGAAACCGCGACAAAGGGAGACACGAGGACCACGAAAAUCGCGUCGAAUAUUACGGCGACGAGCAAAACGAAAGUUGCGGCGGGUCAGAAACAAGUUCACAGGAGUCCGGGAUUAAUUGGCUCGGCGGCGGCCACGGAAAAGAGAUCGGCGAUCCUGAAAACUCUAUCGAGGGGCUGCGAGCAGAUUAAAAAGUCGAUUAUACCCGGUUUGUCGAAGGACAGAAACGCGGGGCCGGAAACCGUCCAGAAAAAAGAAGAGAAACCGAGAGGCUCUUUUCUGUCGAGGAUCCCGGUGUUUACGGCGAGGCGGCGUCCGCAAUCUGCGAAAAGUUCGCAACCUUCCGUGGGACUAUCUGGCAGUUUAAAUGGCACCGCGGCGAAGCCGACGAGCCGGCAAACUGCGGGCGAAACUGGUUCAUCGGGAAACACUUCGAAGAUGGAGGCGAGACAGAAUAUUGGCUCCGAUAGAACCGACACGGAUUUAGCGGGCAGAAAGAAGGACGUUGCGAGGGACGCGAACGGGAAUAAUAAAACGAAAAACGUUGCGAAGCGAGUGGAAGCGCCUGUGUUGAUCGAAGAAGCGAACGAUGGCUCGAGCGACGCGGACUCGAGCGAAGAGUACACGCGAGAACUGGAAGAGUACUCGGACGUGGAGGUCUCCUCGGACUUCGAGAGCGCCGCGGAAUCCGAGGUGUCCAGCACCGACAGACAAUACUCGGAUCAUACCCUAGACAGCAUGGAGGAAUUAACGGAUGCCGAGAUCCGGCUGCAGGAAACGAUCAACGCGAUAAAGGCAAAAAUAUCGGAUUCCGAGACCGAGGACACCGGAAACGAGUACAGCGACGUGGAGAGCCAGAGAGAUUCCGAUUCCAGCGGUUCUCUCAACGACAAGGUAGAUUCUAAUAGCGUUGAGACAGACGAUCCGUCUUUGGAGGAGGAGAGACCGUUGGAUGAUGCAGAGAUCGAUGGGACGUCCGACGAAGAUGUAACUUUGAAGGCUGACGACGUUAACUUGAAACAGAUCCGGGCGAGGACUGACCUAGGAAAAACGAAGUUAGAGGAGAAAAGAGGCUCGCAGAAUUCAGCGAAGUCUGUCAAAAAGGAGAAAGCUGUGGAGCCUACGGCGGCGAUCAACUUGAACAAGACAAAUUCUAAUGGCGCGAUGGAAGAAAAACUUGCUAGAUCUAAGAAGAACGAGGUCAAGGUUGAACGUGUAUCGGAUUCGAAGGCUGGGCCGAAGGUAGCGAAACGCGUUAACGAAAAACGGAUGAAAACGAAUCGCAGAGCUAGCACGGGCAGUGAUAAGGGGGUGGAACAGGAAGGGGCGCCGAGAAAACGGUUCUCCCUGGUAGCCAGUUGUAUACGUCGGUUCGAGGGUGAAGAGAAAACGGAAAGGGAGUACGUGGAAAGUACAAGCGGCUACGUGAGGACGGGGGGAUGUCCCAAAGCGGAGAGGGAGAGAAUAGCACGUCGUCUAUUGGCCGAGGGCAAAGCGUCGAACUACGAUGAGGCGGAAGUCGCUGCCAGCUUGUUGGCUCUAAAGUUCGGUGACGUGGAGGCGCUUCAUGCAGCCAAAGAGUGUUCCAGCGUGGAAUCGGCGCUCGCAUUUUUGCAACAAGAGUGCGAGCUUUGCACUGGACGCUUCGCGAUGAGUCAGAUGGUAUCCAUGCUGAAAUGCACGCACCGGUGCUGCAACGAAUGCGCGAAGAACUACUUCACGAUCCAGAUCAGCGACAGAAACAUCACGGACGCGGUUUGCCCUUACUGCAAGGAGCCAGAGUUGAAGGACGCCAGUCAGGACGAAGUGCUGGAGUAUUUCAGUAACCUGGACAUCCAGUUGAAAACGCUUUUGGAUCCACCGAUUCACGAGCUUUUCCAGAGGAAGCUCAGGGACAGGACGUUGAUGCAGGAUCCUAACUUCAAGUGGUGCAUUCAGUGUUCGAGCGGAUUUUACGCGGACCCGGAUCAGAAGAGGCUGAUCUGUCCCGAUUGUCGAUCGGUUACCUGCGCCUUUUGUCGGAGACCGUGGGAGAAACAGCAUGAAGGAAUUACGUGCGAGCAAUUUGCCGCUUGGAAAGACGAGAACGACCCGGAUAACCAGGCCGCGGGCUUAGCCAAGCACCUGGCGGAUAAUGGCAUAGACUGUCCGCAGUGCAAAUUUCGGUACUCCUUGUCUCGGGGAGGUUGUAUGCAUUUUACGUGCAGCCAGUGCAAGUACGAAUUUUGCUGCGGCUGCGGCAAAGCGUUCAUGAUGGGAGCGAAAUGCACGAUCAGCCUGUACUGCGCGAAACUGGGCCUGCACGCUCAUCAUCCGCGGAACUGUCUGUUCUAUCUGCGCGAUAAGGAGCCCGCGCAGUUGCAGCAGUUGUUGAGAGAUAAUGGAAUCGAGUACGACACAGAGGGUCCGGCCGGGGAGCGCAAGUGCAAAGUGCAGUUGCAGAAAGAAACUCCCACCGGUGUUGUGGACGCAGUGUGCAAUUCAGACGUCGUUGAGGGACACGCCGGUUUGUGCAGGAUACAUUACAUCGAAUACCUAGUCCGAACGAUUCGUAAGGCCCAGUUGGAGCCACUCUCGUUGCUAAACGUGGACGAUCUUGAAACAUGCGCGAGACGCGCCGGUUUGAAGUUACCCCCAAACUGGCAGCACUACGUUGAAUACUUGGCGGGCCUGGUACUGAAGGGCAAGCUGGACCCCGUGGCAAUAUUUGACUUGAACGAUGCCAAACAAGAGCUGCGCCGCCGGGGAAAAGUUCCCCCUGCGAAGGACCAGGAAAUGUCCGAGCGGGAUUAUCUCGAGGCGUGCAUUCAGGUUGUACGAAAAGAGAUUCCAUUGGAGUGAUGGAAGGACCAUCGGAAUCAUACAUUGCACAUGACGCUCUUAUGCUCUCUGUGCACGUGUUGUAUAGUGUAUUUAUUUUAUUAUACGGACUGCGAUGUAGAGACCUAUUUGCAAUUAAAGUGAAAACAGAUUUAACGUUGUGUGAUAUUUAAUGCGAAGAAGCAAUAUUGUUUUCAAAGAUGAAUCACAGGUGUUGUUAAAGGAAUUAUAAUAAAAGGAUACCAAGUUUUUUGUAAAUGAAACGGAUACGAUAUUUUUUAUGUUGUAAGUAACAAUUUAUAGUGGUCACGAUAUUUUAUAAAAUAUUUUAAUAAAUCAUCAGCAGAACUCUGUUAAGAAA